GAAGCGCUUGCGGCGGCCGCCGGUGCCCCGGAAGCGCUGCGCGGGGCGGGGCUGCGGCGGAAGAUGGCGGCGGAGGAGCCUCAGCAGAAGCCGGAGCCGCUCGGCGGCGACGCGGACGGCGUGAACUGCCUGGCCUACGACGAGGCCAUCAUGGCGCAGCAGGACCGCAUCCAGCAGGAGAUCGCGGUGCAGAACCCGCUGGUGUCGGAGCGGCUGGAGCUGGCCGUGCUCUACAAGGAGUACGCGCAGGACGACCACGUCUACCAGCAGAAGAUCAAGGACCUGCUCCAGAAGUACUCCUACAUCCGCAAGACGCGGCCGGACGGGAACUGCUUCUACCGCGCCUUCGGCUUCGCGCACCUCGAGGCCCUGCUGGAGGACGGCCAGGAGCUGCAGCGGUUCAAGGAGAUCUCGGCGCGCAGCAAGGACGAGCUGGUGGCGCAGGGCUUCACCGAGUUCACGAUCGAGGACUUCCACAACACGUUCAUGGAGCUGAUCGAGCGCGUGGAGCGCCGCGUGCCGCUGCCCGAGCUGCUGGCGGCCUUCAACGAGCCGGGCACGUCGGACUACCUGGUGGUCUACCUGCGCCUGCUCACCUCGGGCUGCCUGCAGCGCCACCGCCGCUUCUUCGAGCAGUUCCUCGAGGGCGGCCGCAGCAUCAAGGAGUUCUGCCAGCAGGAGGUGGAGCCCAUGUGCAAGGAGAGCGACCACAUCCACAUCAUCGCGCUGGCGCGGGCGCUGCAGGUGCCGGUGCUGGUGGAGUACAUGGACCGGGGCGAGGGCGGCGCCACCAACCCGCACGUCUUCCCCGAGGGCUCGCAGCCCCGCGUCUGCCUCCUCUACCGCCCCGGCCACUACGACAUCCUCUACAAGUGAGCCGGCCUCGCGCGGGCCUCGCACGAGCCUCGUGAGCCUCGCACGAGCCUCGUGUGAGCCUCCCUUGAGCCUCGGGGGAGUCUCGCAUCAGCCUCGGGGGAGCCUUGUGGGAGCCUCCCCGCCUUGGGGGGGCCUCGCACCAGCCUCGUGGGAGCCUUGCACCAACCUCGUGGGAGCUUCCCCUCCUCGGGGGGGCCUCACACCAGCCUCGUGGGAGCCUCGCACCAACCUCGUGGGAGCUUCCCCUUCUCGGGGGGGCCUCACACCAGCCUCGUGGGAGCCUCGCACCAACCUCGUGG